AUGGUCCAACUCGACGGUGGUUUCAAGUCCGAGAUGAUGAACGGGAAGGGGAUCUAUGACGACGCAAAACAUGAGCAAGUUGAGGAUCAAGCAAAGGUGGAGGUCCUCACCCUUCCCGACCUCUUUUGCUCACUCAUGUCGGUCCCGGCGCGCCAAAAUGCCAACUAUGCCAGCGUCAAAGCCGACGCUGACGAAUGGAUCGCCUCCGUGAUCAAAGCCGAUGCAAAGUGGGCCAGCAGGAACAAGCGCGUCGACUUCACCUUCCUCGCGAGCAUCUGGGCGCCCGACUGCAGCGCCUUUGCCCUGCGCACGUCGAGCGACUGGAACUCGUGGGCCUUUCUCUUCGACGACCAGUUCGACGAGGGCCACCUGGCGAACGACCUGGAAGCGGCCGUGGCCGAGAUUGCCAGGACACGCGAGAUCAUGGAGGGCACCGCGCCGCGGUACAGCGCCGACACAGAACACCCUAUCCGCUAUGCGUUCCAGACAUUGUGCGACCGCGUCAAGCAGAGCCCCGACGGCUUCUUCAGGGGCAAGCCCUCGUCAGAGCGCUUCCAGAAGCGCUGGAGGUGGGCACACGAGCUCUACUUCGAGGGCCUGGUCGCGCAGGUCCGGACCAACGUCGAAGGGCGGUCCUACACGCGCGGAGCCGAGGAGUACCUGGAGAUGCGCCGGGGCUCGCUCGGCGCAUACCCGGCGCUCGUCCUCAACGAGUGGUGCGCCGGGAUCGACCUGCCCACCGAGGUGGCGGACCACCCGUCCGUGUUCGAGAUCAUGGUCAUCAUCAGCGACCAGAUCCUGCUGGUCAACGACAUCCUCUCGUACGAGAAGGACCUCCGCCUCGGUGUGGACCACAACAUGGUCCGCCUGCUCAAGGCCAAGGGGCUCUCGACCCAGCAGGCCAUCAACGAGGUCGGCGUCAUGAUCAACGACUGCUACCGGCGCUACUACCGCGCGCUGUCGGAGCUCCCCUGCUUCGGCGAGGAGGCGGACCGCGCGGUCCUCGGCUUCCUCGACGUCGAGAGGAACCAUGCCCUCGGCAGCUUGCUCUGGAGCUACGAGACGGGCCGGUACUUCAAGAGCAAGGAGGACGGUGCUCGGGUUAGGAAGACGCGGCAGUUGUUAAUACCAAAGGAGUUGGCGGUGUUGUGA